GAAAAAAUUUUUUUAUGUCGGAACUGAACGAUUAUAGCCUCACAAAGCCAUGGAAGUGAAACCUUCAAAGCUCCUGGAAUUUACCAUAACACAGAAAAAUAUUUGCAUUCCAUGGCCUUAAAUUUCAGUGCUUUUUCUCCUUCUACGACUCCUAACUUUCUGAUAAUCCCACAGCACAAGCUUUAUUCUUCUUGCAGAAGAAUACUCGCUAAACCAGAAGGUGCUGAAACUGGAGUAACAGAGCAAGAACUUGCUUCUUCUUCUUCUUCUUCUUCUUCUGGGUCAUUGUCCUCAACCCGUUUGCAGCUAGAUCUGUUGGAUCAGCUCACAUCUGCCUCCCCAUCAUCAGCUGAUACUGCUGGGUAUGAAAGUGAUGGUGGCUUCAGGAAACUUACGAUUCGAGAGCAGCUUGUGCAGCUGGUAGGAGAAAGAGAUGAGGAUGAAGAUUUCAGCAUUCCAUUGGGGAAAAAUCUGAAGAAGGUGAGUCCAAAGUUCUUAACUAUUUCACAGAAGAGAAACAUUAGAAGACAAGCUUACUUGGAUGAAGUUUCUCAGAGGAAUGACUCCGUUUUCUUUGCAACUAUUGGAGCUUUCGUAAUCCUUCCACCUAUUAUAAUCUUAGGAAUUGCAAUAUUAACUGGUUAUGUUCAGCUUUUUCCAUGAUGUAUAUAUACAUAAUUACAUGUGCAAACAAAAAUUAUUCCAUAGAAAUGCUACUCACACUGGUGAAUGUAUCAAGCAUGGAUACCUCCUGAUAUUCUUUCCAUGAUGAAAUUUAAGAAAUCAAUUUUGUCUAGAAACA